GUCGGUAAAAGGAGUCGAGCAAAGCUGGCGCUUGUUGAGGAGCCUGUGAACGAAAAAAUCACUUACAACUGACACGCAGUUCUGUCUCACGGGGGUUGCUUUUCCUCUCCUAGUAACCGGAGGUCCCCGCACGUCUCUCAGUGAGAGAAUCGUGGCAGUGGCUCCUGUAAACACACUGGUGUGACUGAGGGGGCUAACGUUAGCCUGCUAACACACACGAACUUGGCUUAGCUGCUAACUAGCUGCUGGGGCUAACGCGUUAGCUUCGUGCCAGUCAGGCACAAACUGCUGCUUCUGCUGGGAAAUCAACAAGCGGAGGAGAAGGAGCGUUUUUUCCUUUUCUUUUUUCUUUCUUUUCUUUUUUCUUUCUUUUCUUUUUUAAACCCCUCCACCGUCAGCUGCUCCGGGCUCCGGGGAGACUCCACUGCAGCGGGAUCUCAGAGAGCGGAGCCCCGCUCCCCUGCACAUCUGCGAGAAAGAUUCAGCCCUUGGAGUAGGACCAGGGUUGAAGUAAAGUAACUGUGGCCUGAGCAAAGACAGACAAAGAGAACUAAUGUCAAGAUCUUCUCCUCAUCAGACAGCCUAGCGAAGGUCCAGGAGGUAGCAAGCUGGCUUUUGGAAAUGAACCAGGAUCUGCUGUCGGGGGGCAGCAGCAGCAGGCGGAGUCGGGGGCCUGGGGGUCCAGCAUCGCGAGGUAACGCCUCCUCUACGGCCCGGGCACCCCAGCAGGCGGGAGAGGAGGGGGAUGAGGACGAGCACAUUAACCGGGUGCUUGAGGACGAUGGGCGGCUGCAGCAGAGGCCGGCGGUGUCAGAAGUUGAGGGUGAGAGAGUGCAGCCAUGGGCACCCAGCGAGUCUGGAGCCAGCAAUGGCCCUCAGGGAGAUGAAGAGGCUGAGGAAGACGAAGGAGGCCCCCCAAAUGAAGUUAACAGGGAAGAGAAAGGAGCCAGGUGGAUGUGGGGGCAGGAGCAGAGACAGUUGAGAGGCCAGCCAGCUCUUGAAGAGGAGGAGGAAGAAGAGGAAGAGGAGAACAACAACAGCAGCAGCCACCAAGAGGAGGAGGAAAUGGAGGAGAGGACAGAGGGAGGGGAGGGGCAAGGAAGGGAGGAGGAGGAGAGGGAAGAGGGUGAGGAGGAGGAGGAAGAGGAGGAAGAUGAUGAGGAAAUGGACCAAGACAGUGAUGAAUAUGAACAUUCAGCAGAGAGCGGGAGAGACGAGGAAGAAGAGGAAGGAGGAGAAGGCGAGGAGGGCUUGAAUUCUCCCUCUCUCAGGAACAAUGUGUCUGCACCCAAUAAUAAUCAGGAGUCGGGAUGUACACACCAAAGCUCUUCCAACAAGAAGAUGAAGAGGAAGUUGGAACCUGGCCCCGAGGUCCGAUCUUUCCCUUCAGGAAAAAAGCCCUGCAAAGGUCCAGAAUAUCCAAGCCCGACAGGAAUUGUCCCAUGUCCAGGCACACCCACCACAUUUGGCCACAUCAGAACAGCCAAUGGUCAGGGCCAACAGAGGCGACGAAAGACCUCAAUCCAGCCGCCCACAGGUCUCCAGGAAUGGCUCCGAACAUUUCAGAGCUGGACUGGCCCAGAGAAGCUGCUGGCGCUGGAUGAGUUAAUCGACAGCUGUGAGCCCACACAAGUCAAGCAUAUGAUGCAGGUGAUUGAGCCGCAGUUUCAGCGAGACUUCAUCUCCCUGCUGCCCAAAGAGCUGGCUUUGUAUGUGCUGUCAUUCCUGGAGCCGAAGGACCUCCUUCAAGCCGCGCAGACGUGUCGCUACUGGCGCAUCCUGGCAGAAGACAACCUCCUGUGGAGGGAAAAAUGCAGGGAAGAAGGCAUUGAUGAGCCUUUGCUCUUGAAGAAGAGGAAAAUUGUCAAGCCUGGUUUCACCCACAGCCCCUGGAAGAGUGCGUACAUCAGGCAACACAGAAUAGACACUAACUGGAGGAGAGGAGACCUCAAAUCACCCAAGGUGCUGAAAGGUCAUGAUGACCAUGUGAUCACUUGCCUCCAGUUCUGUGGGAACCGGAUCGUCAGCGGCUCCGACGACAACACGCUGAAGGUCUGGUCGGCUAUCACGGGAAAGUGUCUGCGGACGUUGGUGGGCCACACGGGGGGCGUCUGGUCAUCCCAGAUGCGAGACAACAUUAUCAUCAGCGGCUCCACCGAUCGCACACUCAAGGUCUGGAACGCAGAGACGGGAGAAUGUAUCCACACCCUCUAUGGGCAUACCUCAACAGUGCGCUGCAUGCACCUACAUGAGAAAAGGGUGGUUAGCGGCUCUCGUGACGCUACGCUUCGUGUCUGGGAUAUUGAGACGGGUCAGUGUUUACACGUCCUCAUGGGCCACGUGGCGGCGGUGCGUUGCGUCCAGUAUGACGGACGACGGGUAGUCAGCGGUGCCUACGACUUCAUGGUCAAAGUGUGGGACCCGGAAACAGAGACGUGCCUCCACACGUUGCAGGGCCACACGAACAGAGUGUACUCCUUACAGUUUGAUGGGAUCCAUGUGGUGAGCGGCUCUCUGGACACGUCGAUAAGGGUCUGGGACGUGGAGACGGGCAACUGCAUCCACACGCUAACGGGGCAUCAGUCCCUCACCAGCGGGAUGGAACUGAAAGACAACAUUCUGGUCUCAGGCAACGCAGACUCCACUGUCAAGAUCUGGGACAUCAAGACGGGCCAGUGCCUACAAACCCUGCAAGGUCCGCACAAGCACCAGAGUGCCGUGACGUGCCUCCAGUUCAACAAGAACUUUGUCAUCACCAGCUCGGACGAUGGCACGGUUAAACUGUGGGACCUGAAGACGGGCGAGUUCAUCCGGAACCUGGUGACUCUGGAAAGCGGCGGCAGCGGCGGGGUGGUGUGGCGCAUCCGGGCCUCCAACACCAAGCUGGUGUGCGCGGUGGGGAGCCGCAACGGCACAGAGGAAACCAAGCUGCUGGUGCUGGACUUUGACGUGGACAUGAAGUGAGAGAGACGCCCCGAAGGACAAAAGGGCGGGCCGCAGAGAGGAAGGAUUGAAGAGGGAAUGGGAGACGAGGAGCCUGGUAAACAGAGGGCCAACACCCAGAGACCCCCCCCCCCACCCCGCCCCCAACACACCUCCCCUCCCACAAAACUCGCAAAAUGUACAACCGCCACCACGAACAGUGGGCCGUGCUGUCCUCCGUCAUCUCCCAUGUUCCCCGCUUCUGGGUAAAUGUUACUGACAAAGACACAAAACCUCAUGUGUUCAGCCCCUUCCCACCCGCGCCAGGUGGAUCAGUAAGGAAUCCGGCUGGAAACGGGGCCGGGGCAGCCCGACCGAUCUGUCCCUCCAUUAGCUGGGAGAAAGAAGAGGAAAGAACAGAAUGAUUUGGACUCUUCAGAAGCGACUCUCCACCUCACCGGUUCAGGGUCGGCUUCAAAUAGAGACUUGGUGUCGCUCAAGCCUGACAGAUUUUGAAAUGUACAGAGAUAUAUUAUUUUUUAAGUCCCCCCCCCCUCUCCACACACACACACACACACACACACACCCAUCCAUCAGCGUGCGCCCACAGACACACACACACACACACUCAAAUGGCCGUAAAGUGGAAAAACAUUGACCGUAGUUAAAGAUCGAGGAAGCCGGGAGACAUUAGAGGUGAAUUUCCACACAGUUACUCCUAAAGUGCUGCUUGAAUAAGUGGAGAGCAAAAGAAGCGUCUGGAAGGUUCAGCCUGCAAUCAGGCCCUUUUUUUUUUUUUGUCACUCCAUUUCCGUUCUAUUGUUCUUCACUCAAUUUCUGUUGUUUAAUUUCUCCACAGUUUCGCACACAAACAACUGUGAAUUUCAAUACCAUUGUGAUUUAUCAUAUGAAAUGGGUUUAUUUUCCCCCCCUUCUUUGUGCAAAUCCCAGUAUUAGAAGCCCACCCAGUUUAGAUAUGCUGUCUCGGUGACAAUGUUGUUGUUUUUCUUUGUCUUUUUACAUGAGUUGUUUUUUGUUUUUUUUUCCUUUUCUGUUUUCUACAUCACUGGUUUUGGAGCUCUUCCUCCACAAGUGUCAGUGCUGUCCAGUUUUUUUUUUUUUUUUUUUUUUUUCAGUCCAGUUCGGGUGGUUUCCUCAGUUCCAGCGCUGUGAGGGGGGUAAUUAAAAGUUCUUUGCUCUAUGCGCUGUGGAUUAAUGCACCCGAACCCCUCAGCCCCUUCCCUUCUCCUGCUUUUCCCAGUGGCCAAACUGUAUUUAUGCUGCUAAGUGAAUGGAAAAAGAGAAAUGGAACUUUUACUUGCUGUGACGUUUUAGUCCCAGGCGAAAUUCCAAAUUGAACUCUGUAUGUUUGGACUAAAAGAAACAAAACAUGACAAUAUAUCCAACUUUUUGUUUUUUCUUUUCAUUUUUUUUUUUUUUUUGUUUUGCCACUGAAACUUGAGCCAAAACGUGCCUCUACGAGGCUGAGAGGAGGAAGCGCAUCCGACGGGUUCGUUAUCUGUCGGGAUCGCCUGCAGAGAGGAAUUGAGGGGAUGUACACUGUUGGCAUGCGUGUGUGUGAGUGCAUGAGUGCGUGUGUUGGCGUGUUAAUGGGCAACUUGUAAACACAUUCCUUGGGACAAAGGUUUUUCAGCCUGUUCUUUGGGGAAAUGUACAAAUGCUGUGUGGACUGGCAAAAAAGAAAAAAAAUUGAGAGGAAAAAAAUAUCAAACUAGCAGAUGUACGGAUUUUAACACGUCAAUGAAAGAACUGUCCGUAUCCGUGUGUGAUUGUUGUUCCAUUCAAAGAUGUCCGAAGCAACAGAGGAGACCAUCACGAGCAUCAACACGACUGGUGGAGCUGCCGAGAGUCUUAGUGUUACAUUUGCUGCAGUCGAUGGGGCGGCUGUCAGUGAGGGGAAAAUAACAACAAACGUGAACAGAAGCAUUGUAGCCAAACAAAAUCGUCUCAAUCUCCAAGAGUCACAACUCAAGCUGAACUGUGAAAGUGGUAUAACACUGUAUAUUAAAGAAAAAGAAAAAAGAAAAAAAACAAUCUUGCUCUAUCUCCUCUUGUUUUCUCUGUCUGUUUUAAUUUAUGAUCUGGUUUGAGAAAUCAGAUUUUGUUGCAGGUGUUUUUAUUUUGUUCAGUUCAUGUUAACUGCCUGGCAAAAAAGAAAACGGACAAAAAAACCUGAAAGGGAUUGUGUAUUUGUUUGAUUCACUUAGAAUUUUAUUUUCUUAUAACUUAAGUGCAAUAAAAUGUGGGUUUUUCUUUUUUCAUUUCAAGCAUAUCAGUUGUCUGUUUUUGUUACCUGUGUGAAGGCAUCUUAUAUGUUCAAUAAAGCAAAUUAUUUGGUUAAA